AUUUUCUGAGAAAAGUCUUUUAAGUAAGUUCAUAAGGUUAAGGAUUCCACCCAAUUGCAUUACUACAGUAGUUUAAUGCUAACUAUUUCAUAUAUUUAAAUAAAACUAUAAGCAUGGAAUUGGAAAUGUAGACCACCAAUGUGAUAAUAGCGUUUAUCGUGCUACAUGUUAAAUCAUUCUCGUGUUACGUACUGCAACUGUAGAAAUUGCAUACUGUAUAGCUAUUAAGUAAUUAAAGUUGUGACCGUAAUUCGGAUAUCAUAGCGAUUAAUGCAGCUGUAUUAUUUGGGGUAACUGGUAUUUUAAGCCUUUUCGGUUUUAAGGUGACCGUUCAGUAAAGACAUUGAGUAAAUGUUUAAAACUAUGUUUUUAUGUAUUUAUAUUGUUGCGAAGAUAAAUUUCUCUCUCGGUUGGGUCGGAUUUGGAUAGGGUUUCCCUUCCCAUUGCCUGUAAUGUGUUUAUUCGAAACAGAAGCCGUUACCUUGGCAACGCCCCAGGCCGUGCGUUUAUGACGCAAUGUGACGUAUUAGCGUCGGAACGUAAAUCCUUGAGGCGGGGCCAGUAUAGCUAGUGGUUUUUGCUAAGUUUGUGUCUAUUUCAGUGUAAUGGAUCUGGCGUUUAAUAAACCAUUAAAGAAGACAUAUUUUUUAGAACAUGCAUAAUAUUUUUAACACUUGCGUCACAUGAAACCGCUAGGAACUGAAGUACCUUAUCCGCGCAUUCAGUCGGGGAGAUUUAAAGUAAUAUUUUUUAAAAAGCAGGCGGUUAAAACGAUAAUAUAUGUGACGAGAAUAUGUUUGUGAAUCGAAAUUUGUAACGUAUUAUCAGUUCAUAACUUCAUUUCCCACUGUCCUUUAACCUUUUUCUUUCACUUGCAGGAUAUUUUAUUUAAAUUUGUUAGACGGAUGCCGCGAGGUCCUAAGUUACGUGUUUUAGCCUGUGUGUAAACGAAUAACGUACUAUUAUCUUGCCGUGAAGGUCAAGUCACUGCCGAGAAAUAGCCUACUGACUGCCAUUGAAAGAGUCUUGUUGUGCAAAAAAUCCAACAUUAACUGUUUUUUUUAUCCCACUAUUUUGAAACACCUGUACAUCAUGUACUCCAAUUUAGAUUUUAUUUUCCCGAGAAAUAUUGUCUUCAAUGGAAGCCACUUGACAGCUAGACUCAUGUAGGCCCUGGAUGUACGUAAUAGUGUGUUUAUAGUUCAUAUAAACCAUCGUGAUAUGCAUGUACAAUGCAUAAUGUAAAAUCACUAAAGUGAAAUAUACAACGUAAGCCUGUGUUGAUAAAGUUCCCGUACAACACAAGAUUUAAUUACCGGUUCUGCAUUGCUUUCCCGGUUCGGACCACCAUAUUAAAAAAAAUCACAGAAGCUGCUGCGGCAACUGGCGAAUGCAAUUCCCGGCAACUUGAGGCCAAGUGAACAGGAUGUACAUAUAUGGUAUGGUGGGCAUUUCAUUUGAUUGGCUGGCUGACCAACGUUAUGCUGCUCCAUUCUGUGCAAUUUGCUGGAGACAAUUGUUCUGCCUGGCUAUCACACACGCAAUAUGAGAUAAUGAAAAGAGCAUUACAAAGGCCACAGCGUGGACGGUUGUUGCCAAAAUUGAAAUUCCCGUCACAAAACGUCCUCAGCCAUCACACUGUUGAAUGCCACCGCACUUUUUUAGACGAAAAAUGUUUCCAAACUUAAGCACCGACAACGAUUCUUCGUCUCGCUGCAGUACCGCAUCUCCAGUCGGGGACACCCUUACGUACUACCAGCAGUCGCCAGCUGACUCGUUCUCCAGUGCCUCUGCUUCUCCAGUCCGGAACACACAGGAACUUCGCACAGAUAUGGAUGUUGCUGGCACUCCCUUUGUUCCGACAGUGACUGCUAUUUCAACCACCCCGGAUUUGCAGUGGAUGGUCCAGCCGACCAUGAUCACAUCUGUCUCCCCUUCCCUGGGUAGCUCGCAGACAUACAAAGUGCGCAGCUCUAACCAGUCGGUUCCCAAAGCAGGCGGAAGCAAAGGACCAACCACUGGCAGAAAGGGGAAGAAUGAGCCGCUCUCUCCAGAAGAAGAGGAGAAGAAGAGAAUCAGGAGAGAGAGGAAUAAGAUGGCUGCGGCGAAGUGCCGCAACAGACGGAGGGAGCUUACAGACACCUUGCAAGCCGAGACAGAUAAGCUAGAAGAAGAAAAAGCAGCCCUUCAGACAGAAAUAACCAAUCUCAUGAAGGAGAAAGAGAAGCUGGAGCUCAUCCUCGCUGCUCAUAAACCAGUCUGCAAAAUAGCAGAAGACCUGGAUUGCAUCUUCCAGGAGCCCAUUGGCUCUCCCCAGCUGCUCUCCAAUCUGGGAAACAACAAGUUCUUGGAGGACACUGCAACGGAGGCUCCUGUGCUCCAGGAUACAGAUGCCUCCAGCUUCCCCACCACAGCCAUUUCAGGGAACUCCAACAUCCUGCUGUGCUCCAGUGCUGAUGUCAACAUAAACGACCUGGAACCUUCGCUAGACAUGAAAGAGGAGCCAUUGGAUGACCUGCUCCCCAGCCUAGAGAAGACCUCCAUUGAAACGGCCCGGUCUGUUCCGGACAUUGACUUGAGCAGCUCCCUUGGGGUGACGGACUGGGAAACCCUGUACAAGUCGGUGUCCAGUGACCUGGAGGCCCUGAGCACCCCAGUGGUGACUUGCACCCCCACAUGCACCAGUUACCUGUCGACUUUCGCAUUCACCUACCCGGAGUUUGACUUGCUGAACGAGGGAGUGGCUAGUCCUAAAGCAGGUGUAAGCAAAGCAGACUCAGUAAUAGAUGUUCUCAAUUCUCCAACCCUAUUAGCCUUAUAAUGUUUAGCAUUAGAGUGGAUAAACCGGACAGCGAGUGAUGACACCACUAAGCAUGAUAUAUUGUCUGAGGUCAUUGCUGUGAUCCAAGCGGUUGAUCUGGUGGUUGCAUUCAUGAAAUGUUUACUAUGACUGAACCCGUAUUAACUUCUUCCAAAUGCAUUUUGAUGUAGCUAAAGCAUGACAUUAAUUUCCCUGACUGAAAUGUUAGCUAUGGUCUGGUAUUAAACGCAUGCAAAAAAUGUGCCAUAUCAUUUCAGAA